AUGAUUGUGACAAAGAAUCGAAUUAUCGAUCAACAAAUAAAAGCGGAUCAAAAGCGUAUGAAAAAGGAAGUUAAACUGUUAUUAUUAGGUGCUGGUGAAUCUGGGAAAUCAACAGUUUUAAAACAAAUGAGAUUAAUACAUGCAUCUGGUUUUAAAGCAAAUGAAAGAGAAAAGUUUCGAAACAUUAUUUUUGUCAACAUUCUUUCAACAAUGCAGACUUUAUUAAGUGCGAUUGAAGAUUUAGAUUUACAAAUGACUGAUCCUUUAUUAAAAGAAUAUACCCAUUUAUUUGUUGAAAUACCAUCUUUAGAAGAGAAUGAACCAUUUCCCGAAAUUUACUACAAGCCUUUAAAGCAUUUAUGGAAAAGUGAAAAUGUUCAAAUAGUACAUAGAAAUGGGCAUAUGUUUGCCAUACAUGAUAAUAUCUCUUACUUUUUCGAAAAGAUGGAUAAACUAUGGGAACCCAAUUAUAUCCCUUCAGAUCAAGAUAUUUUAAGAUGUAGGGCAAAAACUACAGGCAUCGUCGAGACUACCUUUCAUCUUGGUCCUUUAACAUAUCGAAUGUUCGAUGUGGGAGGUCAGAGAAGUGAACGAAAGAAAUGGAUCCAUUGUUUUGAAAAUGUCACAGCUAUUUUAUUCGUUGUUGCAAUUAGUGGAUAUAAUCAAAGUUUAGCAGAAGAUAAAGAUUCGGUAACUUGGAUGUCUAUACCAUUAAUGCUCUUUGAUACAAUAUGUAACGCAAAUUGGUUUGUAAAGACUUCAAUGAUUUUAUUACUAAACAAAAUCGAUAUAUUCAGAAAGAAAAUUGCUUAUUCUAAUGUCUCUGAUUAUUUUCCUGAUUAUCAAGGACCAGCCAAUAAUUAUGAUGUAGCAAAAAACUAUUUUAAAGCAAGGUUUCAAAGGCUAAAUCGGAGAGCAGACAAACGAGUCUAUGUUCAUUUUACGAAUGCUACUGAUACAAAUUUAUUACAACAUGUCAUGAUGGCUGUUUCUGAUAUUAUCUUGAGUGAGAACUUGAAUAGCGUUAUCAUAUAA